AUGAAAAAGAAAAACAAAGAGAGAGGGAGAGAAGAAGAAAAGAAAGAAAAGAGAAAGAAAAGAAAGAAAAGAGAAAGAAAAAGAAGAGAGAAAAAGAAAGAAGAAGAAAAAAAAAGGAAAAAGGGCGGCGUGCAUAGAAUGAACUUUAUAGCCGAGCAUUCGGAAAAGGCCGGAGCCGAAGGCGAAGGUCUUUUCCGAAUGCGAGGUAAAAAUUUUUUAGAUAUUUUAAGUCGCACGCAAGAUACCUAA